AUGGCCGCUGUCAUGACUGAUGCCCACCGCCAGUUCCUGCAAGCCCUGCUGUCUCAGGGCAUCGUGCAGAGUGAACGGGCUGCCUCGCUGCACCGGCAGUGCUGCGAACUGCAUCGGGUCCAUUACGCUGCUGAUAAACUGGACGACUUCAUCCACGUGGCUAACCUUCAACUGCAACCUCUGUUUAUGGAGAUCAGGAAAGGCAUGUCGGAAGACACUGGCCAGACAUGUUAUGCUCUGGUGAAUCUGGCGGAAUCGGAGGUCACACGGAUGGCAAGCGACUACUCCGAGACGGAGCUGGAGCUGUUCAAGAAAACAAUGGAUCUGAUCGUCUUGUCCGAGAACGGCUUCGUGUCUUCCACGGCGGUUUUGAACUUGGCCGACCAGCUGAAACCCAAGAAGAUGAAGAAGAAGGAGGCAGAGCAGGUGCUGCGGCGUUUCGUCCAGGACAAGUGGCUGUCCGAGAAAGAGGGCGAGGUCACACUGCACACCCGCUGCAUCCUAGAGCUGGAGCAGUACAUCCUCAGCCACUACCCGGACACGGCCCGCAAGUGCCACAUCUGCCACACCCUCGUCAUCCAGAGUCAAGUAUGUGCGGACUGUGGGGUCGCCAUGCACUCGCCUUGCCUGGCCAGAUAUUUCCAAGCUCAAACAGAGCCCCGUUGCCCUCAAUGCAAACAGUUUUGGCCUCACAAGCUUCCAGCAAUAAGCCGACCGGCUGCUGUGCCGUCCUGCAGCACCUCGAAGGAAAGCAGAAGAACCUCUUCUGCAUGA